AUGGCCCCUAAAGCUAGUAGUAAAGCCGUAAAAAAAUCUGGCAAAGCCCAGAAGAACGUCGCUAAAACUCACAAGAAGAAGAAGCGUAAGAGGAAGGAAAGUUAUGCUAUCUACAUAUACAAAGUCUUGAAACAGAUCCACCCUGAUACAGGAGUCUCCAGCAAGGCAAUGAGCAUCAUGAAUAGCUUCGUCAACGACCUCUUUGAACGUAUUGCCGGUCAUACUGGAGAAGCUGCUAUUUUAAAAUUUUACCAACCGUUAAACGACUUUAGAUCAUUAGACUAUUGA